AAGAAGACAUGUCGAGCUUAACAGCCGAGACUGCAGCUCCCGCAAUUGAAAAGGCAGCUGCCACAGAAGUAGAAUCAGACUCCUCCUCUAUUAAAGAGAAGAGUUCUGUUCUUAACGAAAAGAAAGGAAAGAAAGAUAAGAAGGACAAGAAGAGCAAAAAGAGCAAAAAAGGAAAGCGUAAGGAUGACGACGAUGAGGGUGACGGUGAUGUCGAGAUUGAUGCUCCUGUUGCUCCUAAACCUGCGUCGCUUCUACAACUCUGGAAAUACGCCACCAAAGGCGAGAUCAUACUCAACUUGAUUGCUCUAUUCUUUGCAUGUGGUGCAGGUGCAACACAACCAUUAUUAUCUCUAAUCUUCGGUCGUAUGGUCUCAACAAUGACUACAUUCACCCAAAAAUCACUAGAAUAUAGGGCCAAUCCUAGUGACCCAGGACUUACACAAGAAUUCAAUGCCGCUGCAGAUGAUCUCAAUGAUGAUGUAUCAAUGAACUGUAUCUAUUUGGUCGUUAUUGGUGUCGCUAUGUUCAUCGGUACUUAUACUUACACCGUCAUUUUCACAUACACCUCAGAAAAUAUCUCACGCCGAGUCAGAGAAAUGUACCUUCGCGCUGUUCUGCGUCAAGAUGUCGCCUUCUUCGAUAAAAUUGGUGCUGGUGAAGUUGCAACCCGUAUUGAAACAGACACUCACUUGAUUCAAACGGGUGUGUCAGAAAAGGUCGGAACUGCUGCUAUGUAUAUAGCCACAUUUAUCACAGGUUUUAUUAUCGCCUUCGCUCGUCAAGCCAGAUUAGCAGGUGUCAUGUUUAUCAUUGUACCUUGCAUUGCCGUGCUUGGUGGAUUGUUGACUACUUUCACGUCAAAGUAUCAAACCCGUUCACUUGAUAACAUUGCAGCAUCUGGUAAUCUCGCUGAGGAAGUCAUCUCAACAAUCAGAACAGCUAAGGCAUUCGGAUCUCAACUCCUACUUGGUAACCUCUACGAUGAGGAACUCCAUAAAGCUCGCAAAACAGGAUACAGAGCAGCAUCAGUUAAUGCACUUGGUUUGACGGUCGUAUUCUUCAUUAUAUACUGUUCAUACGCGUUGGCAUUCGCGUGGGGUGUCACAUUGAUAUUAAAAGGCGAAGCAGACUCUGGUCAAAUUGUCUCAGUAUUGAUGUCAAUCUUAAUUGGUGCUUUCUCACUUGCUAUGAUGAACCCUGAACUUCAAGCCAUCGGUAAAGGUCGUGGUGCGGCUGCAAAAAUUUACGAAACAAUCGAAAGAGUACCAUUCAUCGAUAGUGCAAGCGAUGAAGGCCUUAAGCCUGCAACAGUUGAUGGUAAUAUUUCAUUUACUGAUGCAAACUUCGCAUACCCAGCCAGACCUGAGGUUCAAGUUAUGAAGAAUUUCACAGCCACCUUCCCUAAAGGACAGCUCACGGCCUUGGUUGGAGCAUCUGGUAGUGGUAAGAGUACAUCGAUUAGCUUGAUUGAACGUUUCUAUGAUCCUCUCUCCGGUUCCGUCAAGUUGGAUGGUAACGAUCUAAAGGAUAUCAACGUCAAAUGGCUUCGUAGCAAGAUCGGUCUUGUUGGUCAAGAGCCUAUCCUAUUCAAUGACACUGUCCGUGCCAAUGUUGAACACGGUUUGAUCGGAACUGAAAUGGAACACUGGCCAGACGAACAAAGGUUGGAAUUAGUUAUCAACGCUUGCAAGGUUGCUAACGCUGACGGUUUUAUCAACACACUGCCUGAGAAAUACGACAAUUCAGUUGGUGAACGCGGUAUGCUCUUAUCUGGAGGUCAAAAGCAACGUGUUGCUAUCGCCAGAGCAAUUGUAUCUGACCCUCCAAUCUUACUCUUGGAUGAAGCAACGGCAGCCCUCGACAGUGCAUCAGAGUCUAUCGUACAAAAAGCUCUCGAUAAAGCAGCAAAGAACCGUACGACUAUUGCUAUUGCUCACCGUUUGUCUACUAUCAAGAAUGCUAAUCAGAUUAUUGUCAUGGGUGGUGGUGAAAUCCUCGAAGUUGGCGAUCACAACUCGCUCACUGCCAAUCCUAACGGCGCAUACUCAACUUUGGUAGCUGCACAAUCAUUGGCUCAAGCCAAGAGUGAUGAAGCUGCUCAAACCAAAUCUGGUACUGUUGAAAAGGAAGAAGCAGAGGAAGAGAUCGACCAAGAGGAUGUUAUUCCAAUUGAUCGUGUCAAGAGUGGUCGCUCAAUCACUUCACAGGUAUUAGAAAAGCGUAGAGAAGAAAAAGGUGAAUACAAAGAGAAGAACUACUCGUUCUUCCAAGUCAUUAUCGAAUUAGUCAAGCUCAACAAGGAUGGAAGAUGGAUGUAUGCCAUUGGUGCUGCCGCUGCAUUCGUCACGGGUAGUGUUUAUCCUAUCUUCUCUAUUCUGUUCGGUAAAACAUUGCAAGAUAUUUCACUUAGUCCAGAAGACCCAAAUUACCACUCACAAAUGAGACAUAACGGUGACAGAGAUGCCCUUUGGUUCUUUGUCAUAGCCAUUGGAUCAGCUAUCGCUAUUUACAUUCAAUCACUCAUGAUGCACUCUGCAGGUGAAAAAUUAACUUACGUCCUUCGUCACAAAUCAUUCAAGAAACUUCUCCGUUCGGAUAUAGAGUACUUUGAUCAAAAGGAGAACAGCACUGGUGUUCUCACAUCUCAACUAGCUGAUAACUCACAGAAGGUACAAGGUUUAGCUGGUGUAACUGCAGGUACAAUUAUCCAAUCUUGUUCGACAUUGAUCGUUGGUAUUGCUAUCGGUAUUGGUUAUAAUUGGAAACUCGGUCUCAUUGGUACUGCUUGUAUUCCAUUCACAUUGAGUGCUGGUAUAACAAGACUCCGCAUUGUUGUUUUGAAAGACAAACGCAAUAAAAAGGCAUACGAAGAUAGUGCUCAAUUAGCUUGUGAGGCAGCUGGAUCUAUCAGAACUGUCGCAUCUCUCACCAGAGAAGAUCAACUCUCCCAGUAUUAUCACGAUGCUUUGGAAAUUCCGUACAACCACAGUGUUAAGAGUGCUAUUUACUCUAGCGCUCUUUACGCUCUAGGACAAUGUCUCACAUUCUGGGUUCUCGGUCUUAUCUUCUGGUACGGUACUCAACAACUCACGAAAUUGGAAGUAGACAUCCAAGGUUUCUACGUUACACUUAUGGCAGUUAUCUUCAGUAGUAUUCAAGCAGGAAAUGUAUUCGCCUUCGUCCCAGACAUUUCUAGCGCUAGAGGUGGCGCUGCUCGAGUUCUUAAUUUACUCAGGAUGAAGCCUGAGAUUGAGGUCGAGUACGACAAUCAAGACGGCAAACACCUCGAUACUGUUGAAGGUCAUAUCACAUUUGAAGAUGUCCACUUUAGAUAUCCAACUCGUUCAGAUGUGCCGGUAUUGCGCUCUCUCGAUUUGGAAAUUAAGCCAGGUAGCUACGUCGCAUUGGUAGGACCAUCUGGUUGUGGUAAAAGCACCACCAUUCAGCUCAUAGAACGAUUCUAUGACCCGGCGUACGGUUCAGUCAAGCUCGAUGGUCAUGAAGUGAGGGACCUCAACUUGAACAAUCUCAGAUCGCACAUGGCAUUGGUUUCUCAGGAGCCAACACUCUACGCUGGUACAGUCAAAUACAAUAUUCUCAUGGGUGCUGUCAAGCCACACGAAGAGGUAUCUCAACAAGAGUUGGAGGAUGCGUGCGCAGACGCCAACAUUCUUGACUUCAUUAGAGAUCUUCCAGAUGGCUUUGAGACACAAGUCGGUGGUAAGGGUACACAAUUGUCGGGAGGACAAAAGCAACGUAUUGCCAUCGCUAGAGCACUCAUUCGUAAACCAAAAAUUCUCCUCCUCGAUGAGGCUACCAGUGCUCUCGACCAAACGAGUGAGGCUGUCGUUCAAGCUGCAUUAGAUAAGGUUGCUUCAGGAAGAACAACUAUCGCUAUUGCACAUAGACUAUCAACAAUCCAGAAGGCAGAUAGGAUAUAUGUCUUCAAGGAUGGUAAAGUCAGCCAAGCGGGUACACAUAAAGAGCUCAUUGAACAAAAAGAUGGACUCUAUGCCGAAUUGGUUGCAUUACAAACACUUUCUAAGAAGGAUGCUUAGAUUGUUUUCUUUCAUUCUCGCAUUAUUUCAUCUUCGGACAUUUAAUUUUAUAUAUUAGGCAUUAAUGGUACCGC